UAUCAGACAUCUUUUCCUCAUCAUCGAGCGGUGCGUUACCUUCCACAUUGCAGGUCAAACUCGUAUUCUGGAUCUGGAUCAGGACUAGCCUACAGUUCAUCGACUUCGCGAUUCACUCGACCUCCAUCUUAUGGAUACGGUGGCGGCUACAUGGCCAGAAGUCUGAGUAGAUGUGGGUCAUCGUUGUUCGGUCGUUCAUUGGCUGCAUCAGUACUGACCAGAACGCCACCACUACACAAUGUUGGAGUACAAAUGAGUACACCGCAUUUUACUGACAGGUAUCCCUAUGUGCGUUAUAGCUACGGAAAUACGGACACCUCCUUAGGCAUCGCUACUCAAUCCGAG